AGAGCCUCAUAACCUAGCACUAAGCUCUUCAUCCUCCUCUUUUCUUUUCUUUAUAGUGCAGGAAUUGUAGUCGUUCAUGGCUUCCCAUAAUCCGUCCCCAUGGAUCUAUGCUAAUAUUAGAAUGAUCUGCUUAGCCUUAUUAUUUAUGCUUCUUGUUGAAAUAUCCACCGCUCAUGAACUUUCCCCAGCUUUCUAUGCAACUUCAUGUCCCAGAGCACUUUCCACCAUCAAGUCCGCUGUGAGAUCUGCGGUUGCAAGAGAGGCUCGAAUGGGAGCCUCCUUGCUUCGUCUUCAUUUCCAUGAUUGCUUUGUUAAUGGUUGUGACGCUUCAAUACUGUUGGAUGACACAUCAAGUUUCACGGGAGAGAAAAAGGCAGGCCCGAAUAACAAUUCAGUGAGGGGAUUCGAAGUCAUAGACAACAUUAAAAAACAGUUGGAGAGUUUGUGCCCAGGAAUCGUCUCUUGCGCAGAUAUUGUAGCUGUUGCAGCCAGGGACUCUGUUGUUGCUCUGGGGGGACCAACUUGGAAUGUUCAAUUGGGAAGAAGAGACUCCACCACUGCAAGUAAAGACGCAGCCACAUCCAACCUCCCACCCCCGACAUUAGAUCUAAAUGGCCUAAUCUCUGCCUUCUCCAACAAAGGUUUCACGGCCAAGGAAAUGGUUGCUCUCUCAGGUUCUCACACGAUAGGACAAGCACGAUGCUCAAGCUUCCAGGGCAGGCUUAAUAAUGAAAAAACAAUAGAUUCGAAAUUCGCAAAAUCGCUGAAAUCCAAAUGUUCGAGCGGUGGAUCUGGCACAGCACUAUCACCACUGGACGUGAGUACCCCAACGGCCUUCGAUAAUUCUUACUACAAGAACUUGUUGAGCCAAAAGGGUCUGUUGCACUCCGACCAACAGCUCUUUAGCAAAGGAUCUACGGACUCUCAGGUCAUUGCGUAUAGCAACAAUGUUGGAAGCUUCAGAACCGAUUUCGCUAAUGCAAUGGUGAAGAUGGGAAACCUCAGUCCUCUCACUGGGACUAGUGGUCAGAUCAGGACCAACUGUAGGAAAGUCAACUGAGAUUUAGGCUCUUGAUUCUGUCCAAUUUUCCAGUUUUUCUUUUUUCUUUUUUCUUUUUUAUAAAAAUAAAAAAUAAAAAAAGAAUUAGUUUGAAUUUGGUGUGUUACAAAGUGUUAUUAGCCUGGCUCUCUUGUUCUUUUUUUUUUUUUUUUCCCUGAAAAAAAAAAAGAAAAAACAAAAGAAAAGCAUAUAUUACAAGAAUAAAAAGCAAAUUACAUUUUUCUUUUUUUUUUUUUUUUUGCUUGAAACAAAUUACUUUUUUAUUUGCCUCAUAAAAUGUGAUCCCAUAUGUAGAAAUAUCAACUUAGAUAUUUCUUGGACUUAGAUAUAUUCAUGAACUUUAUCAACUUGUUUUUAUUUUUUUGGUACCCAAAAAAAAAGAAAAAAAUUGUUUUAUUUUUUUAAUAUGCUUCUUAAAAUUUUUUGGGUUAGGAAAAUAUUUUCUAACGUCAACUGUCGAAUGGCAUACCCGUGAAAGCCCGUGUUUUGGCUUUCAUUGAAAAUAAAUAAAUAAAUGAAACCCACCCCGAUUUGGCAUGGACAUUGACCUUAGAGUUGAACCAGCAAUAGUUCUGAAAAUCAUAGCCUCAGUGGGAAUAGUUUAUUCCAGUGGAGGAUUUAUCAGGACCCGUGUACUAUUUAAUUCCUGGCCGGAUUGGAGUUAUUCGAAAAAAUUCAAUAUGAAUGCUGAUGAGUUGUUUAGAAAUAUAAAAUAUGGACAGAAUGUUUUUGGUGUUUUUUGGCUGAAAAAAAUAUGGAAAGGAUCAGAAUUGGAAAA